AUGAAGACGUUCAAAUUCCCAGCUCGACACGGCUAUGCAGUGGAGAUAUCACCGUUUAUUCCAACACGAUUGGCGUGUGCGACAUCCCAGUAUUAUGGAAUUGCAGGUGAUUAAGCUGUGUAAGCUAUUCAAUAAAUUAGUCUCGUCACGAAGAAAUCGAGUAGCGGGGCUCGGGAAAAUGUCACAUUGUGAUUGACAGGUGCUAGACUGCCAGUGUGUAUUUAUUGUGGAUUACUGUCGGAGAUUACAAUAUGACAGCCAUUGUUUUUAGCUAGGUUCCAUAGUGUUAUCAUGAAACCAAGACAAAUUGUUGCAAAUGAAUGCAAUGCUUACUUGCAUUUAUUCUAAUUAAGUGUGUGUGUACAAGGAUCUGGGACACUGCUUGUGCUGGAGCAGACCGAGACAGGGAUCUCUCUUGUGAAAAGGUAAUCAACUUUCCAACGUUGCAUUUCUCAUACUGACAGUUUGACAACAAUACAUCACACAAUCAACAGUCACUGAAACAACUCCGCUGGUGCAUCCUCUCACCGUAUUGCUACCUCUGUUUCAUGUAGUUUUGACUGGAAUGAUGGUCUAUUUGACGUGACGUGGAGUGAGAGUAAUGAGCAUAUGCUGGUAACGGGAGGAGGAGACGGGUCUCUGCAGGUCUGGGACACAGCCAACCCCCAGCCCGGGCCACUGCAGGUGCUCAAAGAGCACACACAGGAGGUGGGCUUGUUACCUUGCAUGAGUUUAUCAUCGUAUUACCAAUGUAACUAUUAUAAGCAUACAAUUUUAGGAUCCCAUCUUACAAUGCGUUAUUGUAAUACUGUUGUAAGUACAGUAUAAUUACUAAAUGACAAUGUUAUCACUGUAGCCUACUGGUCCAUGCAUUAUCAAUGUGUGAAUUUUUUUUUGUUCCUUUGCUGCUAGUGUAGUUUGAGUUGAUGGACUUCCUGUUCUCCCAGGUCUAUUCUGUGGACUGGAGUCAGACCCGGGAGGAGAACCUGGUGGUGUCAGGUUCGUGGGACCGCACAGCCAAAGUGGUGCGUUUCAACAUGGUGGUGGUAGUAGUGGCUUCACACACACGCACUCAUAGUCAAACUGGAUUGGAUGAAAAAUAGCAUGGCUUAAUUUUUUUAUGAGUGGAGUUGUUGUUCCAACAGUGGGAUCUCAGCCAUGGCGGCCAGUCGCUCUGCACCCUCCAGGGUCAUGAAGGGGUCAUCUACAGCACACUGUGGUCUCCUCACAUCCCAGGGUGCUUUGCUUCAGCAUCA